AUGACCUAUCUCUGCCCAGCUACGUCAGACACGGCAGCACGUGAUUCGGUUUUUUCUUCGGGCGGUGAGAUGUGCCCUCGCCGGAACGCAACGCGGCAGAAUCAACGGUCACUCGCUUCUGUUGCUGCACCCCAUCAUAGCGAUCUGCUGCUUUUCUCUGCUGAAACCUCCUCUUUCGACUCUGCUUUCUCAUCCUUGAUCAUUAAUUUGAUCUUGAUCCCGGUCCCUGGACACUUCUUCAUGCCGUCAACCUCUCUGCGACUCGAGUUGGUCUACGCAGGAUUCGUCGGACCGAAAGUUUUUACAGUUCACGAACCUGGUGAUACGCGUGGGCUUAAAGCUAAGACACAUUUUACGUCUCAGGAACGCGGUGGUUCUGAGAAUCGUGUUCGGUCGCGAGCAGCUGUGGUCAUUACCAGCGUCGCUCCCGGCGCAUUGUUGAAACGGUACGUCGCUUGA